AUGUUCAGGACGAUUCUCAGGCAAAAGCGGAAGGAGUGGGGUGGCCGAAAACUCUCUGGCGACGUCCCAUACAUGGGCCUGCGGGAAGCUGGCUACACCGUUGACCGGGAGCUCGGCCGCGGUGGUCAAGGCGUGAUGUACCUGUGCACGAAUGAGGAGUCGGAGCGGUAUUGUGUCAAGUUCUUCAACAAGGAGGACAGUGACCAGGAUGACCUCGAGAUCAUUAUGACUGAAUAUGCCUUAAUGCGUGAACUAAGCCACGCCAACAUUGCGAAAACCUAUGAGGUUUUUCAGGACAGCAAGUUCUUCUACCUAGUGAAUGAACCUUAUUUCGGAGGGGACCUCACUAAACUGGCGAAGCGCGCUCACGACCAGGGCGUUUGGAUGAGCGAAGAAUAUUUCAGAGGCAUCUUCCAUCAGUGCCUUUCAGGUUUGGAGUUUCUCCACAGCCAAGCCAUCAUGCAUUGCGACAUCAAGGAGGACAACAUCAUGGUGGUGGCUUCUGAUCUGGAGUACCCGCGCAUCGUGCUGAUCGACUUUGGCCUUGCGAUGGCCUUCUCGUCUCGUCAUCGUGGUUGCGCGGGGACACCAGGUUAUAUCCCACCAGAAACUUGGGAAACGACCUGGUGGUACCCGCGUGGUGACAUCUUCAGCCUGGGCAUCACCAUCUUUCAAAUUAUGAUUGGACAGGUCCCAAAUGGCGACGUCCUGGGCAUCCUGCAAACUGAAGGUGAGCGAGAGGAAGACAAAGCUGCUGGAUUAGCUCUCCAGCUGCCAUGGGAAAGCCUCCCUCCGAAGAUGCCAGACCUGAAGGAUCUCCUGGCGUGCAUGCUGCACAGGAAUAUGGAGCAAAGGCCCAGCGCGAAUAUGGCCAAGCAGCACGCUUGGUUCGCAGCCGACAGCGAUGAGAGCCUGCCAGCUGAGACCCUGGCGGCCCUUUUAGGAAGCUCCGCCGCAGAGUGCUUGCGCGAGCAGGUCGUCUACGAGCUUGCCUUCAAGAACAACUUGAAGGAGCUCCGGGGUUUGUAUGCUGAUCUCCAGGGGGUUGACCGCAGCAAUCGGGGCAAAGUACCCAAGCAGCUUCUUCUUCCAGUGUUUUCGAGACAUAGCGUCAAAGCAGGCUCGGCUCACGCGUUUGCGGAGCGCGCCGCUGACGCGAAUGGUGAGGUUGACUACACCGCGAUCGCCAAAGAGGUCCUCAAACUGAAAGAGAACUACACCGUGCAGUUUCUUCAGGACCUUUUCCAGGAGCUGGACACGGACGGCGCAGGCCGCCUCUCAGAAGCACAAGUCCGUCAGCUGCUGACCAGCAGCGCCGUCGAGUGUGAUGGGGAUGAUGUGGCGGGCAUGAUAGAUGAAGUCCCAUUUGAUGACGAGGGCUUCGUCUCCUUCAGUACUUUCAGGGAUACUAUGCUGGCAGAUGGCCGCAUUGCCCGGCGAUCGCGUGUUGAGCGUUAUGCCUGCGGCCCGGAGUGCCCGCACCUGUGCGUUGCCAUGUGA